AUGGGUUCAACUAACAGCAAAUCAUCAUCUCCUUGCCUGCUCCACUACCGCAUCCAACGCAGUGCUCUUGAGGUCCUCAUCCUCGGACGCGGCAACCGCAACCAUGCUUGCAACAAUUGCAUGGCCCUGAGGCAGGCCGAGACUGAACCUCAUCAACCUCCAUCCUCCACCGUGGGUGAAACACCACAAGACAAAACUCUGCCCAUGGAUCAUGUCUUAGUCAAGGGACAGAAAAUGUACUUCAUCGUCACGAGGCCUGCUGAGCCAACACGAGCUCUGUCUAGGGAACAGGAUCGCGCGAACCUGCCACUCCGGAACCGUCUCGGCAAAUUUUUGGGCUCUCUAUUUGACGGACAGGAUGACGAACCAAGCUUCCUGUUGAAGCAGAUGGCUGUCACCGACAAAUCCCGGGUCUACACAACACAGAUUGGCCCCAGAACAAAAGUCGUCAAGCUCUUUAAUGAGCCUCUUGACGCAAACAACGAGCUCGCCGCCCAUAUACGAGUGUACAACAAACUAAAGGAGCACUGGCCGGCGGUUCAAAAUAUUGUAGUAAAGGAUUCUCAAUUCCCCAUUCCAAAAGUCCCUCGACCAGGACCCACAGUCUUCCAACGAAAGCGCCUGGGGACUUCGACUACCGCGGAGGGCUUCAUGAUGGAAUACAUCCAUCCUCUCCACCCUCACCAUUGCCGUGCGCUCAUCAAGAAGUACCUCGAUCCACGGCUUCACAAGGCUGCCUUUGAGCAUGCUGGGUUCUCGGGAAUGAGACUGAGCGUGCGCAUGGGAGAAAUAAGGCCGGAGCUGGAUCGUCAGACGGGGGAGCUGCAAGACCGGCCUGUCUUCUUCGACCAGUUAUGGAAAGAGUCCUCGAGCUGGGUCCCAUGCUGGGUGGUCAUGAUGGGCGCGACACUGGCGAUAAUACAUUGGGCGUGCGGGCUGGAUGCGAAGGGCGUCGAGUUUCAGAUGGGGACGUAUAAAAACCACAACUUUCUCUGGCUCUCCGACUUUGGCGAUUGCACGCGCAUCGAACCCUCCUCUGAAUGUGCCACAUCCCACAUGGUCGACACGAUAAUGGACAAUUCAACUUGGCCACGACCAGCCACGGCUAGAAGCCUGAGCCAGCUCCCCGAUCCAGACCGAGUGUUACCACAGAUGUGGGCGAAAUUCCGAUGCGCAUAUUUAAAAACAAGCGCCGCGGUUCUUUGCGAGCGGAACACUUAUAUCAGAGAUGGGUGUCUUCCCCUCAUGUUUAUUAGCAGAUUGGAGGCUAGGUGGGAGUUAGAAGCGGAGGAAAGACAGAUUUAA